AUGCCGUGGAAAGACAAAUUCAACCAACUCAAAAAUGAGUUCAACGGAAUGAUUGGCGGUGGCCAGCAGCAACAGCAGCCCCAGCAGCAAUACCAGCAACAGUAUCCGCCUCCGCCGCCCCCUCCGGCCAACUAUCCUGGAGCGCCGCCCGUGCCGCCUCACCCGGACCAGCAAGGAGGCGCGCCGCCAGCGAUCCCGCAGCACCCGCCGCAGAGCUCGCCCGUGUACUGGCAGCCGCAGUUCCUCCCGCACGUCGCCAUCUCGCACGAGUGGGACGCGAAGACGGGCCACGGCACGGACGGCUGGGGCAACCACGAGCUGCAAAACUACACGGACCAGCCGCAGAAUGCGUUUCACACGCAAGAUGGUCGACUGGUCCUCCGCGCAGUGGCCAACGGCGGCGCCGACGACGCCGACCAAAAGUACACGUCGGCGCGGCUGGUCAGCAAGCAGACGCUGACGCACGACCGGGGCGUGCUGUCCGCCGUGAUCCUGUCUCCCUGUGCGGAGGGCAUCUGGCCCGCGUUCUGGCUGCUGCCGAAGGAGCCGUUCGCGUGGCCAACCGACGGCGAGGUGGACAUUGCGGAGACGUGGAACGGCGACUGCGAGAACCACAGCUGCCUGCACUGGGGCCAGCACGACCAGCCGGACCGGCACCGGGUGCGCGGCACGCGCGUGCCGGACAUGCGGCAGCGGCCGGUGCGGUACGACUUUGCGUGGGACCAGCCGGGCGGGAGGGCGGGCGAAGGGAGGAUGCUGUGGUACAUAGACGGAAGGCCGGUGAUGAAGGCGGCGGUGCCGGCGGGGACGAGGCCGCUGAGGGAGAUGACGGUGCUGCUGAACGUGGCGAUGGGCGGGGACGUGUGCAAGGGAAAGACGCCAAGGGACGGCGCGUACGACAUGGUGGUGUUUGCGCUGUGGAUGGCGCAAGAGAUGGAGGGUGGCGGCUGGAGUCGCUUCGAGUAUGAUUGGAACCACCCGGCCGUGAGGGAGGGAGAUACGUAUUAG